CACGCCCUCGCAUGCUUCUCGAGAACGUGCCAACAUGCAACAUCAUCUCGUGGACUCUCCAGGCCCUGGUCCGGCUUGCAUCCUGGUCGCGGAGGGAAGGGGAAUAGGCCGGCUGUCGCUGUCACACCAUGACUGCUCCCUGCAUGUCGACCAAAAUGGCAUGCCUCUAUACGAAACAAGGUUAGACAGCUGCUCGAAGAUAGUCGACUGAGGCAAGGUAAGGAUCAACUAGCGCUAGCCAGCUCCUGGCUGCUCGGGAUUCGUUCGUAACUCUGGCCAUACAGGCGCCGAC